CUGAGAUCAAAUAAUUCAUUUUUUACAACUCACCACCGCCACCAUGUGGACGCAGCAGCAGCAACAGCAGCAGCUCCUCCCCAAUAUCACCACAACAAUAACUAUGACAAUAAUUACUGCUAUUAAUAAGUUCCAAACUAAUAAACCCCAGUUAAAUGCUUCCAUUUUUUACAUCUUCUUCCUCUUCUGUGUACUACUAUUUUUUUCUGCUGCACAGGAGGACCCCCUGAGCUGCCAGGUUGCUGCAUCUCCUUCUUCUUUGUAUUAUCCUUGUCAAGCUUCCAACAAAGAAGAAAAACAGGAUCAUCAAUCCUGCAAAACUUUUGCAGUUUUUCAUACAAACCCUUACUAUUCCUCUCUUCAAAAUCUUAGCUCACAGUUAGGAAUCACUCCAUCUGCCAUUUCAGAAGCAAAUGGCUUCCCACCUGGCACUGAACUCCUCCCAAUCAAUCAGCUUCUCCUGAUUCCACUUGAUUGUAACUGCAACAAUGGCAUCUUCUUUGAAGCUUACUUAACAAAAACCACAACCUCAAAGGAGACUCUAUCCGGCAUUGCUCGGUCCUUGGAAGGAUUAACAACUUGCAGAGCCAUUCAAGCCAAGAACCCGACUUUCUCUUUUUCAACAGGAAAGCAGCAGGUUUUGAGGGUUCCUGUGAAAUGUGCAUGCCCAUCUGUUCAGGAAAUUGCAGAACAAAAGACUAAGCUUUUGCUGUCUUAUCCAGUAAGUGAAGGCGACACCAUUGAUAAAUUGGCUUUGAGAUUCAAUACUACUCCUAAGAAAUUAAUAUCUGCAAACACUAACAGAUCUCUCGGAGCUGAAUCUGGUACUUGGUUUCUUCCAUUUUCGACAAUUUUGAUUCCAGCCGAAGAAAAGCCUAAAAUUGAUUUCCUCCUACCCAAUUUUUCAAUAAAAAAAUUUCCAAGAACCAAAAAAGCCAGAAAAAUGAGGAUGACCAGAGUCUAUAUUGCACUUGGGACUAUUGCAUUUGUGGCAAUUAUUUCUAUUGGAGCAGCUUUCUUUUUCCUCCAAUGGAGGAAACGGAAGAAUCAGCCCGGUGCAGAUUUGGAGCUACAAAAGCUGAGUUUGAGCGUGAGAACCACAAGCGAGAAGAAAGUUUCUUUUGAAGAGGGAUCCAACGCUGAUGAAUCAUCUCUCAAUGGACAACAGAGUUUUGGAACAGUUGCCUCUACAGCCACCGCCGCCACGGUUGCCACCACCGUCUCCACCACCACAAAGAAGAAGAGACACCAUUCGCCACUCGUGGAAACAUUCUCACUGGAGGAACUCAGGAAAGCAACAGAAGAGUUCUCAUCGGCAAAUCUCAUAGAGGGCUCUGUUUACCAUGGCCGUCUCAACGGGAAGAACCUGGCAAUCAAGAAAACGUCUGCAGAAACUAUGUCCAAGAUUGAAUUUGUACUUUUCCAGGAGCCCAUUGUUUACCAUCAACCCAACAUACUCAGGCUUUUAGGGACCUGCAGCUCAUCAGAUGAUUCGUCUUCUUCUUCUUCUUCCCCCUACUUGGUUUUCGAGUAUGCUAAAAAUGGGUCCUUAAAAGACUGGCUUCAUGGUAAACUAGCAGUGAAAAGCCAGUUCAUUGAGUCAUGCUACUGUUUCUUGAACUGGAAUCAGAGAUUGAGGAUCUGUCUGGAUGUAGCCACUGCUUUACAGUUUAUGCACCAGGUCAUGAAUCCACCAUACGUCCACAUGAACAUCAAGAGUAAAAACAUAUUCCUGGACGAGGAAUUCAACGCAAAAUUGGGGAAUUUCGGGAUGGCCAAAUGCGCUGAGAGGAACAGGGCAGAGGAUGAGCAUUAUUUGGCACCGGAGUAUGUUGGGCAGGGACUGAUUUGUCCGGGGAUUGAUGUGUUUGCAUUUGGGAUGGUAUUGUUGGAGGUUUUGUCGGGGAAAGCGGUGAAGGAAAAGGAGAAGAUCAAGGUGAUGUUGAAGUCGGAGGAGGCGGCGGAGGAGCUGAGGGAAUGGAUGGAUAAAGCGUUGGGCGAUAACUACUCGUUCGAUGGGGCCGUGACGUUGGCUAACCUGGCUAGAGCUUGCGUUGAAGAUGAUCCUUCUUUGAGGCCGAAUGCGGGAGAAAUCAUUGAGAAGUUGUCGAGAUUGGUGGAGGAGGAGGGCUGUGGUGAUAGUGGAGGAGCGGCGGAUGAACUGGGAUUCGUUCCCGGAGCGUCUAUCUGUGAAAGCUCGUCGAAACCUCUCGUCAAGGCAGCGGCGGAGGAGGCUGCAGCAGCGGCGGGAGGCGGGGGAAGUUAAUGCAAUGAAAUAUGUUCGACGAAAUUCCCCAUAGAAAGAAAUGGGGAGGGAAAAAGGUACAUUUCAGAUAGGAUAUUGUAACCUACCAGUCUACUACUAUAUUGUUCAUCAAAGAGAAAAUUCUGAGAAAUUUAGCCAAAAAUAAGUGAAAUUUUACUUUUUACUAGGUUGUUUAGUGUAACUUUAUUUUUUUGCAUAAGAAAAUAACGAAUGUUAGACUUUGCCUGUCUUUUUUUUUUUGUUUCUUUUUUUUU